AAUCAGGCCAGCCGUUUGCAGCGGAUCUCCGCCGGCACGGGAGCAGUGGUUAGACCCUCGGGAGGAGGUGGUCCGGGCACAAAAUGAACUCGCGCACAGUGCACUGGGACCCGAUGCUCUUCUUGAAAGAGGAGCCGACGCCUUCGUGUCUCAUGAGGGUGAAGCGGGACAUCGCCGACUUCAAGGCCGACCCGCUGCCGGGCAUCUUCAUCUCGCCCGAGGAGAGCGACCUCACCCAGGUCCACGCCCUCGUUGUGGGACCCGAGGGAACCCCGUACGAGGGCGGGUUCUUCCACUUCUUCAUGAAGUUCCCCUCCAACUACCCGGUCAGUCCGCCCCGGGUGCGCAUCAUGACCACGGACGCCGGCAGGGUGCGAUUCAACCCGAACCUCUACGCCAACGGAAAGGUGUGCCUCAGCAUACUCGGCACCUGGGACGGCCCACCCUGGAGUCCAGCCCAGUGCAUCGGCAGCGUCCUGGUCUCGAUACAAUCGCUGCUCAACGAGGAUCCCUUCUACAACGAGCCGGGAACCAGACCCGGUAUGAUGUCGGAUAUGGCCAGGAGGUACAAAGAACGCGUGCAGCACGACGCCGUCCGAGUGGCCAUCUGCGAUGCGGUCCAAGGCUGCCUGAAGGACGAGCCUCCAAUGCCCCGCGACCUGGCCGAGACCGUGCUGAAGACGUUCGCGGAGUCGUACGACAAGUACGAGCAGCUGCUUCGAUCCCUGAUUGAGCAGUCGAAGCAAAAGACAACCACGUGGACUCAGUGCCUGGAACGUAUUAUAAUGCCGGCUACACCCACGAUCCAGUACGAACCGCUGCUCACACGACUUCAGGAGCUGCAUAAGAGGGUGAAGGAGAGGGCUGAAGCUCAGGCCGCUGCUCAAGCCGGUGGUCAAGACUGAGACCGAGCCAGUUUUUGGCUGCUGCAUGUGGAAAGCACCUUCUUCAAUCGUAAAACGAAACGUCACAAAAUUAAAUGUUUUAUUACAACAAUAGUCGCAACUGUACAAGCGGGUGAAGGACAGGACUAAAGCUCAGCCCGGUACUCAAGCCGGUGCUCAAGCCCGAGAUCGAGCCAGUUGUUAGCUGCUGAAUGUAGAAAGCACCUUCUUUAAUCGCAAAACAAAGCGUCGCAAAAUUAAAAGUUUCAUUGUAUCAGUAGUCAAUGGGCUACCAAGAGUGUAAUAUACCAUACAUGUGCGUCAUGUCCGCGUCUCUAUUAAAUUCGGCCGCGAAUUUGUGUCGACCAAUCAAACUGGCCAAUGAAAGCUCAUGUAUGUCUCGUUUAAAAAAAAAAACAAGUAAAACUACUUUUCAUGCCUUUCUCAAACCUAUAAUAUAUUUUCAGUGAUGUCUCAUAAUAUGCUGAUAAUUAUCUCUGUGCUACAUAUUGAACGAGCUCCAUGUGCAAAGACUGUUGCAAUGUGUGCGUACAAUG